AUGAUUAAAUUAAUAUCUAGAUUUUGUACUCUGCAAAAAUACUACCCUACAAAAUAUGUAGUACCAAAUUUAUGGAUCAAUCAAUAAUAUAUUCCAAUAUUUAAGUAGAAAGAGUUGUCUUAGGAAGAGUAAAAAUAGAAGAUAUAUUUACGAAUCGCUAAAUUAGUUCCAAUCUCACUUUAUUCAAGUUAUUGGUUAUUUUUUGGAUCUUUAGACUUUCUACAUAUAUCUGCAUUUUUAGGAUUCUUUGUAUAUUAUUUAAUUUAUUAAUUAGUUAAUCUAUUCAAAAUAAAGAUUAACAUAUUUACAAUAAGAAGCAAAGAAACCUCAAUUUAUAUAUAUGGAUAAAAAUGGUAAGGAUUAUGUAAUUAUUUAUAAAUUAAAUGCUUCUGAACCUCAAAGUAAAUAUGAUAAUUAAGAAUUAAGAGAAACUUUCUAAUUGAAUGAGAAAUAGGGAUUAGUAAAAUUCAAUAUUAAUGAUUUUAAAAUUGUAAAUUCUGCAGUUUAGCCAAAAAGUGAAUAUGAAUUUUAUAAUUUGUUUGUACUUGAAAAUAGUGAAGAAGAAUUUAGUAAAAGACCUCAUAAUCUAUUUGAGUUAGAUAUUAAUUAGAAACUAAUAUUAAUCAAAUUUGGAUAAAAUGAAUAUAGUGGUAUGAAUGAAUAUUUAAAUGCUUUGAUGAAUAAGAAAUAAAUUAUAAUAAAAUGA